UAUGAACGACUUCCCGUCUGGCCCAUGUAUAUAAAUGGCCAGAGAGGAGCAGUGCAGGGACAGGUGGGCGUUUAUAAAUGUCCUCCCUGCUUGUGCGCGCUCCCUUGUGAUCGCUGUACGGGACCUCCUGUGUGAGGUCCCGAAUCAUAUGGUCACUGAUUGGCCAAUCAGUGAUCACAUGAAUAAUAUUAAGCAAGAUGUCACUUCUGACAUCAUUGCUUACUACUAGUGAAAUCUGUGAAUGAUCACAUGAGGUCACAUGGUACAAAGCUAUUCACAACAGCCUUGUACCAUGUGAUAAGCUGUGACCAAUCACAGCUCACACAGUAUUUCUCAAUGGCUGCAAGAAUGCAGCCAGAGAAGGAGAAAUGAUUGCUU